AUGGCGACCGCGGAAAGGCUUCCUAUAGAGUUAUUGCUUCAUAUUUUUGAGCUUGCUGUCGAGAAUGAGUCGCUGUUUGAUCAUGCAUUGCCGACCUCGAUGGUAGAGUCGUCUUGGGUCAAGUCGGAGACGUACCACGGAUGUCGAUGGUGGCUGAAGUCGCCGCAAGAAUCUUUGGAUGCGAUGCAGAAGAUGUCCUAUUACACUGCAAAGGCUAUCAUCGCUACGUGCAAAGCAUGGAGAUCGCUAGGUUCAGAGGUGCUCUUCCGAUUCCUCCACUUCACGAACCCUACAUGCCUGCUUCAGGUCUGUUCGAUAAUGGAUCGUGACCACACCUUAGGAUGGCGGACGAAACGGCUCCAGAUCUCCCGGUAUUAUGCAAGCUACGGUGCCACCAUGGACGAGAUGCAAAACUCCCUCAUAUCUAUUAUACAGCACUGUCCAAAUCUAGAGAUAUUCGUAGCGACAUGGCCAAUACCAAGUGCGCUCACUGCUGUCAUUGACGCACUUUGUACGUUCUGCUCAAAUGCGUUGCGCACGAUUCACCUGCACAUACCAAAUACCAGUGUAGCCAAAGCCAUCCUCAUGCUAGAAUUUCUCCCAAACCUCUCGAGCCUCCACCUCGAGGUUGAUGGACCUCCCGUGGAGAGUUCCGAGCUGGGGUCAGCUUCCAAUCUGACUCUUGUGCUGCCGGCUCUUCGCCAGUUAUCGCUGAAAGGGCUCUUCCAAGACUUCCUGGAGCAGGCCACAGGAUGGGACCUGCCUGCUCUAGAAACGGUCUCGCUCGACUUUCUCGGCCAUCGUGAGGAUCUUCCGGACAUCAUGGAAUUCCUCGCCAGUCAUGGCCCCAAGCUGACUUAUCUCGACAUCAACUGUAUCCCUCCCCUCGAUGUAGCGACCAUCCUCGAUCUGUGUCCUUUACUCAAGACAUUCGCCUUCAACUUCGAUUGGCGCCUGGAGAGCGCCGAAGGCGAAAACUUCGGUGUCGGCACUCUUGUCCAUCGGCCCCACCAGAACAUCGCGACGAUCGGAUGUCAUCAGCUCCUCCACGCUUUCGGCGUUGGCGAGGCAGCAAAGUAUACCCAUGUCGAUCCAUUUGCCACGUACAUCAUCCGGCGUCGCAACGAUAUGAACUUCGCAACUCUGAGGAAGAAAGACUUCCCCCGUUUGCAGCGGGUGCGAGUGCUGAGCCGCACGCUUCUCCGGGACCUUGAAAGCGCUAAUGGACCCGAUGGCAUGAGCUUUAAGCGCUGGGAACAGUGGUGGGAGCAGUGCACAUCGCAAGGGAUCCGGCUGGAGGAUUGUACGGGGAACCUGCUGGGCAAUUUACCUGAGGUCGAAGAGUAUGAGGAUGAAGAAGAGGUUGAGGAGAGAAAGAUGGAGCCCUUCCGGGAAUUGCUACAACAAUGCCGGCAAAUGUCUACCACUCAGUAA